AUGCCGGAGUCAACAGUACAAAACCUUUUAGAUCAGGCAUCUCUACGCUGGAUAUUUGUGGGCGGAAAGGGUGGUGUAGGCAAAACAACGUGCAGCUGCAGUCUGGCGGUUGAGUUAUCGAAAGUUCGCGAGCGUGUCCUCAUUAUUAGUACAGAUCCCGCGCACAAUCUCUCCGAUGCAUUCGACCAAAAGUUCUCGAGGUCACCAACUUUGGUUGAUGGCUUCAGGAACCUGUAUGCAAUGGAAAUUGAUCCAAAUAUGGGUGUUGAAGAACUAGAAGGAGACGUCUCUGGCGUUGAGGAGGCUACACACUCUGCAGAUCUCCGGAGAACUUUGACCGGUGUGCUGAAUUCCAUCCCUGGUAUCGACGAGUAUAUGUCAUAUACAGAGGUCUUCCGUCUUGUGCGUAGCAUGGACUACUCAGUAGUUGUAUUUGACACAGCUCCAACUGGACACACGCUUCGUUUACUUGCCUUUCCUGAACUGGUAGAAAAUGGAAUGAGCAAGUUGGUCAGGCUAAAAAAUUCUAUGGCACCUUUGCUCGGCCAGAUGAUGUCUUUCCUCGGCGUCGGUGGUGCUGGUAGUGGUAUGUUGGCCUCAGAAGACUUCGCGCAAGCCAUUGAAGCCCGUCUGCCGAUUGUGCGAGAAAUAACUCAGCAAUUUAAGGAUCCCAGUCAAACUACAUUCGUUUGUGUCUGUAUAGCGGAAUUCCUGAGUAUGUAUGAAACGGAGCGUCUCGUACAAGCUCUAGCGGAGCAGGAAAUUGACAUUCACAAUAUUAUUGUAAAUCAGCUCCUCUUUCCCAAUAUCACAACAAGUGAAGGUGGUAGUCGAGGCGACUUAAGAUCGGCUGAAGUACCAACAGAUUGUAGGAUGUGCAAAGCUCGACAUCGAAUCCAAUCGAAGUAUCUUGAACAGAUCCUCGAGCUCUACGACGACAUGCACGUUAUCCAACUGCCUCAAUUGGAGGAGGAAGUCAGAGGAAAAGACAAAGUUUGCACCUUCUCACAAUAUCUUCUCCAUCCCUAUACUCGACCAAGCCCAUCUGGCUGGCGAUGA